CAUAAGUGAGUCAAUAUUGAAAUCCGUGGCACGUUUUGUGUUUACUACUCAAAAAAUUUCCAGUGAUCUUACGAUUUCCGGCGGUCUGUUUGUCGGUCUAACUGCCAUAGCUUUUCGCUCCUAAUCUCAGCUGCUGCUAAACCAAUUUUAAAGAAGCUUGAGGAGGGAUGUGAUAUCAUUGAGUUCCAUCCCACAUGUACGGUACCUACAGGCAGCUCAGGACUGGCUACAGGAGUUUUUCGUCUCCUGAGUUAGAGUUAUAUACUCGCCCGGAAUCCCCAGAACAGCUACCGCCAACAUCUGGUAAGUCGAUGGGACUCCGUUUCCAACUCGAACAUUGCAAUUGACAUUAAACAGUGUUCCUAUA